GCUAGAAUACAACAUAUUGCCUGGCAGUUUGCAGGAAGUGAAAUCGCGCGCGUCUCUCUUUUUCUUUAGAGAAGUGGGUUGCAAAUCAUGUGAAAAACUAAAAAAUCGUGUUUUGUGCCUGAAGUGAUUAGUGCAAAGAGAGAUUUUAAUUAGGUUUAGUUAAGUAUGUGUACUAAGCACAAACGCUACAAUUAAGAACAAUUUAAGACUACAUGUUUGAGUAACAUUACAUCUCAUCAGUUAUUUUGUGCCCAAAAGUGAAAAUAAAUGAUAACGGAGUAGUGGAGAGCGAUGCAUAUAAAGUAGGAAUGCAGGAAAAUAAUUAAAUUAGUGCAACCUUGCAACUGAAGGACAGCCACGACCCCACACACCCUCAACUACAUAAGUACUCAGAGCGCGCCGAGUGCUAUAGUUUUCCAAAGGUGGUCCGUGGUCGUCCCGAGGCGGUUACGCCUGAUAGCUUGCACCGAUCAUGCGUCCGAAUUGAACACAAUAUCAAUUAGCUUAGCAAUAUAGUUUUCGAAGUGGGUUUCUAGCUAAAGUUUUCGCUAAACAAGUAUAUGAUUGAUUUGAUAAUAAGGGCUGGGUGGGACCAGAAGUUUCGUGAUGAUAAGAAGUGGGCGGCACAGUGUUCUAACUACAGAAAAUAGUAAGCCUGUGUAUUAAACACGCCUUAUCUUUAUUUUUUAUUGGUAUUAACAAUCCUAGCACAAUAAACAAUUCUUAAGAGUUUUUAGUAACACUCAUUUUCGCAAUUCGAAUAAAGUGUAUUUUGUUUAGAUAUUGUUGUGUGUGGGGCUAAAUAUGUGAGUAGUAAGGGUUGAUGAGCGGCGCGGAGCAUACAGGCUGUGUCGAGGGUGUUGUGGAUAGAUGCGUGUGGCCGGAGCGCGUCGUGUAGUGCCGUGCUAGUAUCGCCAGUCGGGUGACAUCGUCGCGCGGUGUGGUCGCGUGGGUCGCGCGUCACGCGGGCCGCGGCAUGGCGCGCGAGUACGCGCGAGUGCACGAGUUUUACUUGCCGCUGCAUGAGUUGCAGCCGCCUGCACAACACUACCACUAUGAGCUGCUACAGGCGAGCGCGAGCGCGGCGCCGGCGUAUGAGCUGACCCCGGGCGGCGGUGGCGGCGGCGGCGGCUGCCCAGACUCCGCCGGCUCCCUCGCACACACGCCGCACCAGCCGCCCAUGCAGUCCUCGCACCAGCACCACCAUGACCCCCGCAAGAGGAAAUCUUCACACUACAGCAGUUCGGAGAGCUACGAGAUGUCGGGGUGCGAGGCGCCGCUGGGGUCUGCGUCCUCGCUGCACGCGCCCACGCCGCUGCACACGCCUGCCAGCGCCACACGCAAGAGGAAACCGUCCUCCUAUGGCACGGGUAGCGCGUACGAUGAUGACGGUGGUGAUGACGCACGCUCCACCCGGACCCUACCUGACAAGAAACAGAACCACAGCGAGAUCGAGAAGCGGCGACGUGACAAGAUGAACACUUACAUCUCGGAGCUGAGCGCGAUGAUCCCCAUGUGCGGCGCUAUGGCGAGGAAGUUAGACAAACUGACGGUGUUGCGUAUGGCAGUGCAGCACCUGCGGUCCGUGCGCGGGGCACUGUCAGCCUGCCCUCUGACGGCGCGGCCUCGACCCUCGUUCCUCUCAGAACGCGAACUCAAUCAACUCAUCUUACACGCGGCCCAUGAUUCUUUCCUCCUAGUGGUGGGAUGCGAUCGCGGCCGCCUUCUCUAUGUCUCCGCCUCCGUUAAACAGAUGCUCCACUACGAUCAGACAGAGUUGCUUGGCCAAAGCCUGUUCGACAUCUUGCAUCCCAAGGACGUUGCGAAGGUCAAGGAACAGCUCUCGUCGUCCGACCUCAGCCCACGGGAGAGACUCAUCGAUGCUAAGACUAUGUUACCGGUGAAAGCGGACGUGCAAGCGGGCGCAUCGCGGCUAUGCCCGGGAGCUCGACGCUCAUUCUUCUGCCGCAUCAAGUGUAGAGUCACGGCCGAAGCGCCGCCACCCGAGCCCGUCCCUAUCAAGGAGGAGACCGAACCAAUCGCUAAACUGCGCAAGAAGUCCAACGAAAAGAAGUACUGCGUUGUCCAGUGUACUGGUUACCUAAAAUCUUGGGCGCCAGCAGAGAUGUCGGAAGGCGCCGGUGGCACGUCAGAGGUUACCGACGAUGGGGAGCAAUGCAAUAUGUCGUGCCUCGUCGCGGUGGGUCGCGCUCUCCCCGACUUGGCGCCCGCGCCCGCCUUCUCUUGUUCAGUGGCGCCUACUCGUCAGCUGCAAUAUGUGUCGCGACAUGCCCCUGAUGGCAAGUUCUUGUUCGUCGACCAAAGGGUGACACUGGCGCUAGGAUUCCUGCCACAAGAGCUUCUAGGCACGAGCUUAUACGAAUACGUGAGUGGGCCGGAGCUCGGCGCGGUCGCGCGGACGCAUAAAACCGCGCUUUUACGCCGCGACCCACUACAUACACCCCCUUACUCCUUCCGCAAAAAAGACGGCAGUCUCGCGCGUCUACAGACACACUUCAAGCCCUUCAAGAAUCCGUGGACGAAGGACGUUGAGUGCUUGGUUGCGAACAACACCAUUGUGUCGGAGUCGCAUGCUGCUGCGCUCGCUGACGCCGCGCAUGCGUCCUAUGACAUGUUCAAGCAGAAGGCCGACGUGGAGAUGCAGCGUCUCAUCGAGUCGCAGGUGGAGUCCCACAAGAUCGGCAGCGCCAUCGCCGAGGAAGCACUGCGUCGGUCCUCCUCAGAGUUCUCGCCAGAACUGCCCGCAGACCUACUGCAGGAUGCCGUCUUCAAUCAAAACUGGCCACUAAAAGCAAACGUGGUAUACGAGCAGGCGUCGCUUGUGGACAACAUACUGGGCGUGGACAUGUCGGGCUACAGCCAGGUGAGGAACAACGUGCCGCUGAGCGCCGCCGCCGAGGGCUCCCCGCCGCCCGCCAGCACCACCCUCCCCGCGGGCACCCCGCCCCCCGCCUCGCCGCCCUUGCCUCCCCUCGGACUCGACGGCAACGGCGAGGCCGCCAUGGCAGUCAUCAUGAGCCUCCUAGAAGCCGACGCAGGCCUCGGAGGCCCCGUCAACUUCUCCGGCCUACCCUGGCCCCUACCUUAGACGACAAUAACGCACGAUCAUAGUAAAAUAUGUUUGAGGAGUUCUAAUAAGCGCCUUGACGCGCUUGCAAAUGGGUGAUGAGAAAGCCUGUAUCAUGUUUUUCUCAUCUGCCAUUAUUGGUAGGUGAAAACGAGCUAUUUCAUCAAUUUUAGGCUGAUAUAAGUUUAAAUCAGUUAUUGACAUGCGACCACUCUUCAUAAACUGUCUACUCAGAAUACAAAUUAACUCAAUUUGAUUGAGUAUCAAACGUCAAAAACUAAGAUUCAAGCAACCCUAAGAAAGUUAUUUUCUAUCUAGACUAAUUUCUAUAUAAAUAAUAGUUUCGGAGGUCUGGGGGCCGCUUAGGGCUUUUGUACCAAGUACAGGAGCGAUCGUGUGAGUUGGCCUCAGCGCGCUUAUCAUCGUUAUCAUCUAUCAAAUAGAUAACUUAUUAUUUAACCAACAUGUUUCAUUUUAAAAGAUAUAUUCGCUACAUUUUUGUGUACAUUUAAUGUUAAGGAGGAAUAAACCGGUUCCCACAAAUAAAUUGUCCUUAUGAGAUAGUUCACAGCGCAAUAAUUUCUCCAAAUUGGCUGAUUUACCCGCAUGUUCAACGUAUAACGAUGGGCAAUCUGAUUAUUUACUCAUCAUUUAAAGGAACCAAAUCGCUCGGUUCGAGUCGAGAAUAAAGUUUAAGUAUUGUGAAAGUUUAUGUAUGUUUUUUUGUUAUUUGAUUUAUUGGAAUAAUCAUUUUGCAGUGAAUUAUUUAAGUUCAAUCAUGUUCAUGUUUUUACCCACAGCGAUCACCACCCACAUCUUUUAACGUUGAAUAGAAAUUAUAGAAUUGUAACUACCAAACCUUUACUUUUAAAUCAGUCAUUUAUUUUUAAGUAUAUAAACAUUCAUAGCAAUUAUAUUUUUAUAGGUUUUAUGUUUUAGUACGUCAUUAUGUCAUCGUUAAUACAAGUUAGCUCAGUCACCUAUGUUGUCGAUUGAGGAACUGAAGAGCAUAUUUCAUGGGGCCUACAAAUGCUGAUAAUCUAAGCCCUACUUUUACACCACUUUUAGCAAUUGUGAAAAAAAAAAAAUGUAUUUGUUCACCUAUUUUUUACCAAUAGGUUGAAUACGUAAGUGAAUGGUGUAGUUGCUACACUUUUAUAUAAUACCAUAUUUUAGAAAAAUUACAGUAGGCAAAUUAUUUUCAUUGAGACCUAUCAUCUCAUCAAGGAAUCAAUUUUGAAAAUUCUAUAUGAAGUUAUUUUUAUUUUAUCAAUAAGCAUUUAUGAAAUUGGUUCAGUCGAACUUAGCCACCCCAACUUUCCAAAACGGGGUCAAAUUUCGAAAAUUGUCUUCCUAAUGAUGCUCAGAUAUUUUAAAAUCUUUUAUCUGUAAACGUCAGUCCCAAUAUUGAAAAUGAAGAGUGGGUAAAUAAAUCAGGCACUCAGGAGUUGCCGUUUAUUAUAAAGUAUACUAAGUUAGAUUUUUGUAUGUGUGUUUCUAAACAAAUGUACAUAUUAUAGUGUUAACGUAAACACGCUAGGAAGACAUCGGUCAUUAGUCAUCGGCGUGGCCUGUGUACUUUAUUUUUAUCGGAUUUAUUGGUAUUAAUAAUGAAAUAUCACCAAAAUUAUAGUUAUAUUUUUUGUUAUAUUUGCUUGAAUAUUCUGUUAUUUUUAUAAGAUGUUGGCUGAUUUAUUUCAAGUACAACAGUUUUAUAUGAUUAUCGAGAUUUUAAUAUCUACAUCUUCAAAUUAUUGUUCUAAUAAAUAGGUACCGGCCACGAUUUUCAGAUGUUCUGUAUAAAAUAUAAUUGGUAUCCAUUGAUAUAAUAUAUUCCUAUUCAUCAACAUAUUCUUAGUAUAUAAUAUACCUACAUUAUUGUAUCAAUUCUGCUAUCAGUAUAGUAUGUCAACGCCUGUUUUGUUUAUAGUGAUAAUUCGUCUUAGAGCACUCUAAUGCAAUGAACCAUAUUAAUGUUAGUCAUGUUGUAUUGUUAUUUACUUAUGUUCAGUUUAUUAAAAUAUUAUUAAAAUAAACAUUUGGAAAUAUUGUUUUUUUCAUAA